CGGGGGUCCUAAUGCAGGGCAGAACCGGGAUGGCAUCAGUGCAGGCCAUAGCGGGCCGGGGGUCCCGGUGUGGGGCAGUCCCGGGGAUGGGGUCAGUGCAGGGCAGUGCACGCAGCAGUAUCACCACCCACCCGCUGAUCCGCGUCCCUGUCCCUCCACCCUGCAGCAUGGACACCGACCUGUACGACGAGUUUGGGAACUACAUCGGGCCGGAGCUGGACUCUGAUGAUGACGAUGAUGAGCUGGGCAGAGAGUCCAAGGAUCUGGACGAGCUCGAGGAUGAUGAUGAGGAUGAUGAUAUGGGAGACCAUGACGAGGACCACCCUGGGAUGGAGGUGGUGCUGCAUGAGGAUAAGAAGUACUAUCCCACUGCUGAGGAGGUCUAUGGGCCUGAAGUAGAAACAAUAGUACAAGAGGAAGAUACGCAGCCUCUCACUGAGCCUAUUAUUAAACCCGUGAAAACUAAAAAAUUUUCUUUGAUGGAACAGACGUUACCGGUUACUGUCUAUGAGAUGGAUUUCCUGGCAGAUCUGAUGGAUAACUCGGAGCUAAUUCGGAAUGUGACUCUGUGUGGGCACCUCCAUCAUGGCAAGACUUGUUUUGUUGACUGCCUGAUAGAACAGACACACCCAGAAAUCCGAAAGCGCUACGACCAGGAUCUUUGCUACACUGAUAUAUUGUUCACGGAGCAGGAGAGGGGUGUAGGGAUCAAGAGCACACCAGUGACUAUUGUUCUGCCAGACACCAAAGGGAAGUCUUUUCUCUUCAACAUCAUUGACACCCCAGGCCACGUCAAUUUUUCUGAUGAGGUCACAGCUGGCCUUCGUAUUUCGGACGGCGUUGUGCUUUUCAUUGAUGCGGCUGAGGGGGUGAUGCUGAACACGGAGAGGCUGAUCAAGCACGCAGUGCAGGAGAGGCUAGCAGUGACUGUGUGCAUCAACAAGAUAGACCGCCUGAUUCUGGAGCUCAAAUUGCCCCCUACAGAUGCUUAUUACAAACUCCGACAUAUCGUAGACGAAGUUAAUGGCCUGAUCAGCAUGUAUUCCACCGAUGAAAACCUGGUUCUGUCUCCCCUUUUGGGGAACGUGUGUUUCUCCAGUUCACAGUACAGCAUCUGCUUCACGCUGGGAUCUUUUGCAAAGAUUUAUGCAGACACAUAUGGAGAUAUCAAUUAUCAGGAGUUUGCAAAGCGGCUUUGGGGUGACAUCUACUUCAACCCGAAGACCCGGAAGUUCACUAAAAAGGCCCCAACUAGCAGUUCCCAGCGCAGCUUUGUGGAGUUCAUCCUUGAGCCUCUUUACAAGAUCUUGGCUCAGGUAGUGGGGGAUGUGGACACAACCCUGCCCAGGACUCUGGAUGAACUCGGCAUCCACCUGACCAAAGAGGAGCUGAAACUGAACAUUCGACCCCUCCUGCGGCUUGUCUGCAAGAAGUUCUUUGGGGAAUUCACAGGCUUUGUGGACAUGUGCGUGCAGCAUAUCCCUUCGCCGAAGGUGGGGGCCAAGACCAAAAUUGAGCACACCUACACUGGUGGUGUUGACUCCGAUCUAGGGGAGGCCAUGAGUGAAUGCGACCCUGAUGGUCCGUUGAUGUGUCACACCACAAAAAUGUAUAGCACGGACGAUGGCGUUCAGUUCCAUGCCUUUGGCAGAGUGCUCAGUGGUACUAUCCAUGCUGGACAGCCUGUGAAGGUCCUUGGAGAAAACUAUACCCUGGAGGAUGAGGAGGAUUCCCAGAUCUGCACUGUUGGACGCCUCUGGAUCUCGGUUGCAAGGUACCACAUUGAGGUAAACCGAGUUCCUGCUGGCAACUGGGUGCUGAUAGAAGGAGUGGACCAGCCCAUCGUGAAGACUGCAACCAUCACAGAGCCGCGAGGCAAUGAAGAGGCUCAGAUCUUCCGUCCUUUGAAGUUCAAUACCACAUCUGUCAUCAAAAUAGCUGUAGAGCCAGUCAAUCCCUCUGAGCUGCCCAAAAUGUUAGAUGGUCUCCGCAAAGUUAACAAGAGCUACCCGUCGCUUACUACUAAGGUGGAAGAGUCUGGGGAACAUGUGAUCCUGGGGACAGGGGAGCUCUAUUUGGAUUGUGUGAUGCAUGAUCUACGGAAGAUGUAUUCAGAGAUUGAUAUCAAGGUCGCUGACCCAGUUGUGACGUUCUGCGAGACGGUGGUGGAAACGUCCUCCCUGAAGUGCUUUGCUGAGACACCCAAUAAGAAGAACAAGAUCACAAUGAUUGCUGAACCUCUGGAAAAGGGACUCGCUGAGGACAUUGAGAAUGAAGUGGUCCAGAUAACAUGGAACAGAAAGAAGCUGGGUGAAUUCUUCCAGACCAAAUAUGACUGGGAUUUGCUGGCUGCCCGCUCCAUCUGGGCCUUCGGGCCAGACGCAACCGGCCCAAACAUCUUAGUAGAUGAUACAUUGCCCUCAGAGGUGGACAAGGCGCUGCUGGGCUCUGUGAAGGACAGCAUUGUGCAGGGAUUUCAAUGGGGAACCAGAGAAGGGCCCCUCUGUGAUGAAUUGAUCCGCAACGUGAAGUUUAAGAUCCUGGAUGCAGUGAUUGCUCAGGAGCCCUUGCACAGGGGUGGAGGACAGAUCAUCCCAACAGCCCGGAGGGUGGUGUAUUCGGCUUUCCUGAUGGCCACCCCUCGCCUGAUGGAGCCAUACUAUUUUGUGGAGGUGCAGGCCCCUGCUGACUGCGUAUCUGCGGUGUACACAGUUCUGGCUAGGCGGAGAGGCCAUGUGACACAAGAUGCUCCAAUCCCAGGCUCCCCUCUCUACACCAUCAAAGCCUUCAUCCCAGCCAUUGAUUCGUUUGGGUUUGAGACAGAUUUGAGGACCCACACUCAGGGACAAGCCUUCUCGCUCUCUGUCUUCCACCACUGGCAGAUUGUGCCUGGUGACCCCUUGGACAAGAGUAUUGUCAUCCGGCCUCUGGAGCCCCAGCCAGCCCCGCAUCUGGCCAGAGAGUUCAUGAUCAAGACCAGGCGUAGGAAGGGCUUGAGUGAGGACGUGAGCAUCAGCAAGUUCUUCGACGACCCCAUGUUGCUGGAGCUGGCCAAGCAAGAUGUUGUUCUCAACUAUCCCAUGUGAACAUGCUGCAUCAGCUGCUGCAUCGUGAGGGCUGACCUGAGUCCUGGAUGACAUCUGCCUGCUCUUCCCCAUCCCUGCUUGCCCAGCCCGGGCUUCUGGAUGCUCCUGGUAGGCAGGGAACUGCUCCUCAGAUCGCUCCUCCAUGGCUGAAGUCUCCCUGCCUGGGUAUUCGCAGGCCCUGGGUAAGGAGCAACCCAGAGCAAGGAUGUGUUUUGUAUUACUAGUAUUCAGCAAUGGUGGCCUCCAGCGAGGAGGUUUUCCCUUUGGACAUGCUCUCUUCAGGCACAUGUGUUAUUCCUUGUGUGGCCCCUGCUGCUGCAGAGCAGCCUGAAUAUAAUGUUAAGAUUACUAGGGACAGAGUGUAAACGUAUGUCAAGCAUCUGAGCUGGGGUCAGCCCCUGUACGUGCUUCUGAUAACGCUGCCCCGCUCUCCUGGCUGCCAGUGGGGUAUUUUGCCUUGAGCCGAGCAUGUCUUAUGGCAGCUUGAGGAAGGGGAAAAUGCUGUUUUUUGUGGGGAUGUGCUCCCACCAGCCUUCCCAGGAGAAAUGGGAAGUCUGGAUUUUACCUUUUUUGUACAAGUUUUUCUGAGCCCUUGUAAACGUUUAAUACAAACUUCCA